GCAAUCCAUUGGAAUGCUCUUCCUCAAUUAGUGCUGCAUCAACCAAUGGACUUUUUCACAUAAAAAUUCAUAACCCCUUAUUUCUUUUCUCUCCUUUUCCCUCCCCGUUUUGUUCUUUGAUCAAGGCAACAUUAUGGGAAGGAGGACUCCGUCGAGUAAUUCUUCGCCGGAGUCGGACCUCGACACGAUCAAAGUUCAACCUCGGGACAGUGGUCCGAAUCUGGAGGAACGUGAUCGGUACCCGGCACAUUAUUCUAACCAACACUCUCGUCCUCCGGGCCCGCCGCCUAAUUAUCAGCCCUAUACAAAAUGGUUGCCAUGGCUAGUACCUAUUAUUACUAUUGUCAAUGUUGUUCUUUUUGUACUUGUUAUGUACGUUAACGAUUGUCCUCGUAAUAGUCAAAAUUGUUUUGGAACCGAGAUCUUUGGUCGUUAUGCAUUUCAAGAUGUCCAUGAAAACCCUUUACUUGGUCCCUCCACAACAACGUUACAAAAGUUGGGUGCUCUUGACGUGAAAAAAGUGGUUGAAGACCGUCAAUUAUGGAGAUUACUUUCUUGCAUGUGGUUACAUGCUGGUGUAUUUCAUGUUGCUGCCAAUAUGUUGAGCUUGUUAUUUGUAGGUAUUCGGCUUGAGCAAGAGUUUGGAUUUGUGAGAAUUGGUCCGCUUUAUGUUUUGGCUGGGGUUGGAGGGAGUCUAUUAUCAGCUCUGUUUGUGAGGAAAAAAAUCUCUGUUGGUGCUUCUGGUGCAUUGUUUGGUUUACUUGGAGCUAUGCUAUCUGAACUCAUCACAAAUUGGACACUAUAUGAAAACAAG